AUGGGCGAAGAGCAUCCUGGACCUGAUGGGCGCCGACCACAAGCGGAUCCACGGUGCACUGGCCUAGUUCCCCAAGCCGGAUCCGCGGCGCACUCGGCAGCAGCAAGGCUCCGCGACAUCAUCUCCCUGCUGCUCUUCGGCCUCGAGCGGAGCCCGCUCCAGGACGCGCUCGCCGGCGACUUCCCCUGGUGGAAAGUGGCCUUUCCCAACGCUCGCGGGACCCCCGCCUUGCCACCGCGGGAGCUCGCCGUCGAAGGGGCGCUCGCCAACAAAGGUGCACCUCUUGAUCUGGUUCAGAUGAGCAUCAUGGCGUGGUAUCCGUUGCCGCAGAGCGGGGGCACACCGUCGUUGCCUGGCGACGAGUUCUUCGACAACCAGCUGAGCGCCGGCUGGCCGCUGUGGAGCUUCGGGUCAUCAGCUGACGACGAUCAUGACAACCACGGCACUGGCGGCGCGCGUGCGGAGAAGCACGGCAACGGCGACGCAGCGGGGAGUUCUGACGAACACACCGAGGGCCCCGUCCCCGUGCCGCAGCAGCGCACGCAGCCAACAGACGACAUCUUCAUGAGCCAGUUCUCGGACGAGGAGAUGAGGAGGAUGGAUGCGCCGUUCGAGGCGCUGGACAUGUUCCCGGGCUCCAUGCACCGGCUCCUGUCCUACGAGAACAUGCUGAGCGGGGUGCUCACCGGCUCAUCAGAGGACCAGCAGGACGCUGGGCUGGGGGUGGACACCAUGGACACCUGUGGCUUCCCUCUCUUCAGCCACGACCUGAUGCAGAACGCGCCGACGGAGCUAGUGCUGCCCGAUUUUGUCACGCCCAAGGAUCAUCAUCAGGAUGGGGCGAGUUUUACCACAAAAAGAAAAAGGUGCAGAUCCGUGGCUGAUGAAGGGAGCUUGUUCUUCGAAGCGCUGGUGCUCCAGGAGCUCGAGGAUGUGGUGUUCCAGCUGACGAAGAGGACGCGGGUGUGCCUCCGGGACGCCUUCUUCAGGCUGGCUGAGAGUUCGAGAGCCAAGUGCAGCGCUGCAAACGGGACGCCUUCUUCUGAAUCUGGUGUCCAGCAAGCAGCAGACGGCAAUGCGUCCAGGAUGUCAACGCCAGGCUGCCCGGAACGGGAGACGAACGCCGUCGACAGGACGGUGGCGGACCUGACCAUGAAGCCGCCGGGGGGCGUUCCUCUUGAGGUCCUCGUCAGCCGCUGCCCCGACGAGGACAAAGGGGCGGAGGCGCAGUCCGCAACCACCUCCAGCUGGACGACGACGGCGUAG